AUGCAGUACUUGAAGUCCACCAUCACAAUUAUCCUAGCAGCCGCUACUCUCGUCUCAGCAGACACAACAUCAACAACAUUAGCAGACAAUCCGGUGAAUACUAUAUGUGACUCAGAAAACAUCCUACAGCAAUGCACCCAACGAGUGCAGUCUAACUUGGCGAGCUGCGCACCUGACGACUGGAACUGUCAGUGCACUAGUAGCACGAAUUUGGUGGAGUGUUACAUCAACUGUCCCGACGACACAUCGAGAAAAGACGCCGAGUCCACUCGCCAACAAAUCUGCGCUAAGGCCAAAGCACCUGCAUCCUUACCGGCAUCUACAUCUGCUGUUAGCUCUACUAGGGCAGCAGCUACAGGCACCGCUGAUAUUGACGACGGGAAUUAUAUCCCCGACUCCGAGGUAGAUUCUGAUUUCGAGGGACAUCCGACAAAGUCAUAUAGUGGGUUGGAAGCCAAUUUGAUUCCCCGUCUAGAAGAGGGGACUGCUUCGGGUUUGAGGAUGGGAGGUUGGUUGGAGUUUCUGGGACUUGUAGUAGGGAUUGUUUUUCAAAUCUGA